AACUCCUCCACCAAAAAAGAUUAAUACCCUCGAAAUACCGAGAUCGUUCCUUUCCUUUUAAUAAUCACCUCUUUCCGUAGGGGUGAUUUGUUGCUUCAGUUAUCAAACUGGCAAAAUUCAUCAUGAAGUGGUUCCGAAGAAAGAAGAAGCCAGGAAAGGAGCUGUCAGAUAAACCAACUCUCGUACGCAGUUAUACAAAUCGAGCAGAUCGAAGGCAUCAUGCAGCAUAUGCAACCCCGCGUGGAUCUAUCAUAAACAAGCUUCCCGAUAAAGUUCUCGAACGCAUCUUCACACUUGUAUGCCCUCAUACGCAAGACGAAACUUAUGAGACAUGCGAGCAAUCUUCUCUGGAUGACUGCUGUCCAUUAUGCGAUACAAGAGAUUUGGCUCACUGUGCGCGAGUCUCAAGAAAAUGGAGGAAUGUAGCUAUUGGGGUUUUGUAUCAUAGUGUUCGGAUUGAUGCAGUUCAUUUCUGCGAACUCGAAGAAAUAUUAUCAGAGAAGAGGAAACACAAAGGUCGAUUCAAUCGCAAUGCAGAACCAGAAGAAACCCCCAACGUUAGGUUGCAACUACUUUGUAGAACGAUUCGCGAUAAUAGGAUGUUGGGAGAAUUGGUGGAAUUUCUCAAAACACCAUAUAUGACUAGAGGAGCUUGUAAAGCCGAUCUUGCACGCAGCGUGGCAGUUUGUCCUAAUAUGCGAUACCUCGAUCUUCCCGAGGGGAUAUUUUCAGAUGAUCCUUCCUGUCACGCACUCAAACUCGAAAUUCAAGCGCGAUGUCCAGAUCUGCGAAAGAUGACAUACAUGACCGGCUCGGAGAGAAGUCUUGAACAAUUGGCAGGCGGCAAGAUCUGGAGAAAUCUGGAGGUAUUGGAAUUUACAAGACUCAAUAUGGACCCCACGAUCAUUCGACGUGCCUUGGGCUCAUUGACUGGGCUUCGAGCUUUGAAAGUGACAGAUACAAAGACAUUCAACGAUGAAGUAUUCCAGCACAGCGAUUAUCUACCGCCGUUUCCAGCUUUUACCGAAUUGGUUUUCGAAAAUACACCCAACGUUACAGCGAUCGGCUUGGAGGCGUAUUUAUUCCGUUCAGACACGCAAGAGAAACUCACAAGUCUUUCAUUGACAGAAACGGGUAUCCAUCCUUCUACUUUGCACAAAAUCACAGACAAUGCUCCCAGAUUGACCUUUUUGUCGAUUGUUGAGUCAGUACAUGCGUCCUUUCCAGCUCUUCAAAACAUUCCACCACUUUCCUCGACGUCACUACAAACACUGCAUUACGAAAUUACCUCCGGAUCAUCUGCAAAUACAUUCAAGAGCGUUGUACAAAGUCAUUACUCAUACCUCACCACCUCCUUGAUCGCCAAUAGACUUCCCGCGCUUCGAGCUCUUUACGUUCGCGAUUCCGAGUUCCCCGAAUCUUUGAUCGGUCUCGCACCUCCUGCUCCCGCAUAUGCGUCCGAUCCAGAUAAUUUUGUACCACCUAAUCCUUUCGAUCGUUCGUCGAAUGCGCCUUCUGCCAUGCCCAACAAUCGAUUCAGUUCCAACAAUCCUUUUGCAGCUCAAGCAAGCCUGUCUCCGGCGAUGCCUACUGGAAUGGGACUUAAACAAGAAUUAGAGGUUUACAGUAAAGGUCUUGAUGAGAUGGAAUGGAAUUUCGCCAAAGUCCAACCGCCAACUGCACCCGGCAGGAGAGGUUCGGCAACAACAGCAAGACCGAUUAGCAGUUACGGACUAGGUGACAGUAUGGGUAAAGCAUGGGCUCCGGGUCAUGGCGCGAGGAGAAGUGUUAUUGUCGGAAAUGGAUUUGGUGGCUUCCUCGCUGUGCCCGCAGAUGAUCCUCCCAGACCCAGCAGCUCAGCUGGUGAAAAGAAAAGACAUUCCAGGAAAAACAGCAGCCAAGAUUUAUGGCGAUGAUUGUACAGAAAUAUUAUUGGGCCCGAUCUCACUUUGGAUGUUUUGCAUUUUGGGUCAUUCUAUCGACUUUAUAUUGAUUUUCUUAAUAUAUGGAAAAGUCUGGUCCGGUCGCACACUUUUCUUUGGGGGUAUUUUUUUCUUCUACGAUCAUGUGAGACAAAUAAUCUCACAGAGAGACAUAUUUAACGCAAUGAGGAUUUAUGGAGUAUACCAUGGAUAUUUACGUUGGAUCUAUUAUACAGUCUUUUUUCCUUACCUUGCGUGUGUGGAGCGUUUUAUGUUUAAUACCCUGAAGGCUCUUAUGGUUAUGAACGGAGAAUGGGGAUAGGAUAUCAGGAGAUGAUUGAUAGUCUAUUUUUUUGGGAUGGUUAGCGGGUUGAAAGGUUGAGUGUUUGAUGGCAGAGUAGAUAGCGGAAUAAAAUGAUUUUUAGAUAC